AUGGAGAACUGCCAGCUGAAGAGAGCAGUGGACAGCGGGCACAUCAAGCACGUAAUUACCCCAUGGAAAGCAAAGCGACUGAAGCUACAUGCCACAUCAGAGGUGGCAAAAAGAGUUUUCUUGUCUCUUGGAUUUUCACUGUUAAAGUUGUCUCCAAAGCCAAUGACUAUAAGCAGCUCAGAUGUGCACCAGAAGAACAUGAGAAAACAUAUGAGUAGUUCCUGCAUUUCAGUGUUUUCCUGCAAGGGGCCGUCUUCUCCAACAAUCAAGAAUAUCCUAAGGAAAACCAAAACAGGAUCAGAAUCUAAGGAUGAGGAAGAUGGUUCAGAAAUGGACACCAAACGUGCCUCUGUUUCUCAGCUGCCAAGGAAAAUGUGGUGCAUUGAUGACUUUGAAAUUGGGCGGCCACUUGGGAAAGGUCGAUUUGGAACCGUUUAUUUGGCUCGUGAACAGAGUACCCACUUCAUCCUAGCCCUAAAAGUCAUCUUCAAGUCUGCCCUGGAGAAAUCACAACUGGAGCACCAGCUCCGAAGAGAAAUAGAAAUUUUGAGUCAUCUCAGGCAUCCAAAUAUUUUGAGAUUUUAUAACUACUUUCAUGACAGAACACGGAUCUACCUGAUGUUGGAAUAUGCUCCAGGAGGGGAGCUAUACAAAGAAUUGCAAAAACAUGAGCGUUUUGAGGAGACAAGAACUGCCACCUAUGUAGAAGAAAUAUCUGAUGCUCUGAUAUACUGCCAUGCUCAGAAAGUGAUCCACCGAGAUAUCAAGCCUGAAAACCUCCUGCUAGGACUUAAAGGGGAACUGAAGUUAGCGGACUUUGGCUGGUCCGUGCAUGCUCCAUCACUCAGGAGGACAACAUUUUGUGGCACAACGGAUUACCUUGCCCCAGAAAUGAUCGAUGGGAGAACCCAUGAUGAAAAUGUUGAUGUCUGGUGUGUUGGUGUUCUGUGUUUUGAGUGUCUUGUGGGGUAUGCACCAUUUGAAGCACCCACCCGCAAUGAAACAUACAAAAGAAUUGCAGAGGUUAAAUUCGCAUUUCCCACAUGGGUGCCUGAUGGUGCCAAGGACCUUAUUUCAAAAACACUUAAGCGCACUCCUUCUUUGAGGCUCUCUCUCAAAGAAAUAAUAAAACAUCCAUGGGUUAAGAAGAAUUCAAGGAGGAUUUUCCCACCAGUUUAUAAAGCAGCUGAAGAAACUCUCACUCUGGAAUAUUGACUACUUGUGCUUUUUUGGAGAUGGCUGGAUUUUUUUUUUAAAAUCUGAUUAGGAUUCAGUUUACAGGAACAAACCGGAGGGGGAAAUAUUAGACACUAAGGGAGAACACUUCCAGUGACUCUAGAAAGAGAAAGCAGUAAUGUAGGUCUUAAGGCUGGGUGUUGAGAGGUGGUGGGAAAAUAUAUGUAAUAUAUAAUGUAAUAUUUAAACGAAGAGGGGUUUAUUCACUUUUAGAAAUAAAGCAGGGGCUGCCACAAACCGUAGUAGUUUGCUUUUUGUAUAAACUUAAUUUCCUCAUUGUACCCCCCCCUUAAAUCUGCUGCUUCUGAGAGCGACUUCAUGCUUAAUCUGAACCUUCUGCAUCUUCAUUACUAGCUUUGCGUGGAGUCCAUUACUUUGCAGGGGGUGACCGCCUCCAGUUUGCACAUGACGCUGCCUGGAGCGGACUGGACAAGUGCUGCCUCCCCCGCUCCGCAGCGCAGGGCCCGAGCUGGUGGUAAAUAGCGAGUCCUGCACCGUGCACCGCCUCCGAGCAAUGCUGAGGGUAC